AUGUCGGCUCCUAGUCACGGUAGUGACACGCAUUGCGGAAGGGGCAGUGAGAUGAUGUUUUCCAAGGAACAUAAGCAUCUUAGUAAAUCACUAGGAACUACCCGUGCUACUAGUCUAUUGUUGUCAAGCUCAUGCCAUCCAAACACUGGCUCCAUGGCCACAUCAUCUGGAACACUAGAAGAGGUCACUUCUUCAAGGAUUCAACAAAAGAUGUGUGGUGUUUGA